AUGGCCAUUGAAAGUCUGUCGCCGGCGGCAUGCACUACGAUCGAGGAAGUGGGAUCCACUGGUGUGGGAGCUCUCACCAUUGUCUUCCUUGUCCUUGCAGUUUCCACCAUUGUCUUCAUCGCAAGGUCGAGCUCUGCCAAGGAGACUAAGCAGUACUACUUCUGCUCGAUCUACAUCUGCGCGUUUUCCACCUUGGCGUACUUUGCUAUGCUCUCUGGACAGGGUUGGACUGCAGUGGCUGGUUGCAGACAGUUUUUCUAUGUUCGAUACGUGGACUACGCCAUCACCCUUCCCUUGAUCAUCCUUCAGCUUGGAUUGAUCGCUGGAGCAGAGACUUCCAUCAUCGCUGCUACCAUCGGUGCUGAGAUUCUCUAUGUUGCCACUUUCUACUUUGCAUCGGUGUCAGUGGUGACCACCGUAAAGUGGUUCUGGUUCGUUAUCGGAGCCAUUGCCCUUGUCUGUGUUUUGGUCUCGAUCUCCAAGAACAUGAGGGAAUCAGCUGUGACUCGUGGUGGGGAUGUCGCGUCUUUGUACGGACAGCUCGCUACCAUUGUCACUGUGGCCUUCAUCUUCUACCCGAUGGUUUGGUUGUUCUCUGAGGGAUUUGCAUCCUUCUCCGUUUCCUUUGAGGUGUGCGGGUAUGCUAUCUUGGAUACCGUGGCCAAGGUUAUCUUCUGCUUCAUCGUCAUGUCUGGCAACGAUGUCCUUGCAACUGCGCCCAACUCCACGGAUAAGGAAUACGUCUGA